AUGGUUUCACGCCGCUUCCUGCAGCAAAGCGCCAUCGCCAUCAGCAUCGCCAGCCUAUUCUAUAACAUCGCGGAAGGCGUCAUCUCCGUGGUCUUUGGUGUAGAAUCGUCUUCACACUCUCUCAUCUUCUUUGGCAUUCAAUCGGUAAUCGAAGUGCUCUCGGCGUCACUCGUGGUUUGGAGAUUUAUGAAUGGACUCAAGGCCGGUGAAGAAGGCGGCGAUGAAUCUGAAGUUAGGAUGAGCAAAGACUUGAGGGUAGAGAGAAUAGCAACCUUGGCUAUAGGUAUCCUACUCGCGAUGCUUGCCCUGGCAGCCGUAGCCACAUCCAUCGUCUCCCUCGUAGCCCGUGACCACCCCAGUCCAUCUAACGCAUCACUCAUCAUCGCGGCGAGUGCUGCAUUCAUCAUGUUCUUGUUCUGGGUGCCGAAGCGCUAUCUCGCAAAGACGCUGAACUCCAGCACGAUGAACGGCGAGGCGCUUUGUACCUUGUCGUGCAUCCAGUUUAGUGGUGCGCUAUUGAUCGGUUCUCUCAUAUACCGUGUCUGGCGUGGUGGGUGGUGGGUCGACUCCGUGACUGCCAUCGUGAUUGCUAUGCUUUUUGGUUGGGAGGGCUUUAAGAUGAUUAGGUGGGCGAGUAAUGACCAAUUCAACGGUAGCUGUUGUUGUGGACAGGAGGAGCGGAAGGUAGAAAAACAAGGCAUCCCCGAAGUCACGCAGCAGCCCACUAUAGUUCCCCAGCGUUGCUGUGGUGACUCCGGCUGUUGCAAGCCUUCACAAGAAGGUAGCAACAAAGUCUAG